GUUUAAUUUGGCAGAUUAAGUUUUACACACAGAAUUGGUCAGCUAAGAUUACAGGGCUGAAGAAGAGGCCGAUUGAAUGGUUCCUGGUGCAGGAAAAAUUAAUACCACUAGGUUUUCGAUUUAAAGCCUCUUGGUGUACUGCGGUGAAGUGGAAACGACCUAAAAAAGAAUUUAAGCUAAACAUUGAUGCAUCUUACCAACUUCAUGAAGCUGCAGGGGGUGCGAUUUUGCGGAAUAAGCUGGGUGAAUUUGUCUGGGCUGUUAGCUUCGAUCUUCAGGCAUCCUCAAGUGAAGAAGCGGAGGUGUUAGCAAUGGUUAUGGCAUGUGAGAUGGUGAUGGAUUUGGGGUACGAUGGUUUGGAGGUGGAAGUUGAUGCGGUCACAUCGAUCCCCUGGUUUUCAGAUGAUAGCAACGAGCAAGUGUCUCAGCGUUUUCAGACAUUCAAGAGGAGGGCCAAGGACAAAGGGCUGAUUUUCGAACAUACCUUGAGGGAAGGGAAUUUUACGGCUCAUAUGCUGGCGGAACCUGGAAUAAUUAAAACCCAUUUCACUACUUUGAGACAGCUUCCUACUCGGGUCAAGCAAUGUUAUUACGCUGAUCUGUUCGGUUGGCCUCAUUUUAGAAUAUAGUUCGUUUUUUCAAUUUCUUCUUUUAGUUAUGCUAUUAUUUCAGUCCGGGUCAGGUCUUAUGCCCCCCCGGUUUUUUGUAAUCAAUGAAUUUUAUCAAUAAAAUCUGGUAAUUGGCCCCCG